GCAAAUAGUCCACCAGGCCAGUUUUACAAAAAAGAAGAGCUGCAAAAACCGGAAAGUAGGAGCAAGAAAAAAAGAAAAGGCAAAGAUAAUAAGUAAGUUUAAUAUGACUUAUAAUUCAACGUAAUCCCUUCUAUGUAGAUUCAUCAGUUGGCUUUAACUAUGGCUCAAAAUUCGUCAAAUUCGAAGCUUUUUACAAGCUAUUGUCAAUUUGUACCCAACUUGUACCAAUGUUUUACCAAUCCAGAUCCGAUGUUUCACAAAGAUGGCGAAUAAGCUCAGCCGUUAGUCAUGCACACGUCAAGAAGACACUGUAAAUUGGUUAACCCGAGGGGUGGAUAGACGUAGGGCUUGCAUACGUACGCGUGCAGCCAGUUAGAGCAUGAACGACUUGUAUCAUACAGUUUCGUAUAUUGAAUGAUUUCGUGCUAUAUUUUAAAUACUUACGUGAUUUGAAGCAUAAAGAUGAAUCAAGGAGUAUCAAAUGUUGUUUCACCCCUAAACAGAUCCUGUGUGUGUACUAUAUAUAUAUUUUGCUCCACAUUUUUAGAAAUUCUACAGACAAUGCUAGUGAUAAAUGUCUUACCGUCGUUUUCCACGCGAUAUUAUCUGAUAAAUUUAAAUUAAAUAAGGGGACGAAGAUUGUAAUCCGUGGAGAUGAGCCCGUUUUUGGUGGUUGGAAGAACGGCAGUGUUAAUAUCAAGACGGGAGAGUAAGUAAAUCAUAUACAUAUACAUAUUCAAAAUAAACUGAAAUGGUUAAAAACAUUUUUUGCAGUAUUUCAACCUGAAUAACGCUUAGCAUUAAAAUGUGUUAAAUUAGGGUAACCCGCAAGUGUAGGUUAUUAACAGCGGCGGAUCUAGGGGUGAUCAGAGCGUUCACGCGACCAAGGUAAAAAUUGGCCAGAAAAUUGUUAAAUUAAAAUAGCAGUCCAGUUAUCAAACUUUGCGCAGUGUAUUGUAUUGAAAAUUUAACAGUCCAGUUCUAAAAUAUCAUCCAGUAGCAAGGCCUUCGAACAUGAACGCGCAAAAAAGCGGUCUUACGCAUGAGUUUUGCACGCUAUGAGUUAGAUUCCAGCCAUCUGAUUGGCUAUCUCGAUUUUUACGCGAUCUGUGUGGAGUUCUGAGCGCUAAAGCGAUCAGGGGCUCAAAUGCAGGCUAUCCGAUUGGCUAAUUCAAAAAAAUCCUGAAUUCCCGUUGGCUGGAUUUUUUGAUCGAUCAUACCGUUCACGCUAGUAGUAUGCACGGAAAGGUCAAUGUAGACUUGGAUCAAGUCCGUCUCUCUAGAGUCCGAAUUGCACCUCGCGCGUCCGAUCCCUCGGACUCUUGAGAGACGGACUUGAUCCAAGUCUAAGGUCUAUGAGGUUGCUGGAUCUUUUUGAUCUAGCAGCAGUAUUUAUGUAAAUUGACUGAAAUAUGUCAAUUUCGUCUCUUAUUAUAUGCGUACCCGCCGAUUUUAAAGCAUACAUGGUGCGUUUUAUAGCAAUCGGAAAAUUUAUCGGAAGUUCUAAACUAAUACUAACCAUGCCUGUAGGUAUUUACGAAACCGCAAAGGCUGCUUUAGAGAAAGAACAAGCACAUGACAAUGUGGCAUGGCUUCGUGUGAUACGAUCUCACAACAUGUGUACAACAAGUAAAAUGGAUCAUGUUGCCAUUGUGAAUACUUAUUCAUAGCACAUGUUUUCUGCUAUGAAUAAAACUCGAAAGCAGUGAAUUAAACGUGGAAAUUCUCUUCCUGCGAAUUAACGAUCAAUCAAAUGUUUGAUAAAACUGCAUCGCUAUAUUUGAAAAUCUUUUGACCAUUCAUGUAAAAGGACAAAAUAUGGAGUUAUAUGUUUCCUAGGCAUGCUGACGAGCCCUGACAUUGGGCUACCCCUGUCAUUUUUCACGUAACAUUGUUUCGUAAACAGGACACAAAUUAAUUCGCUUUGCGAUCCCCCAAUAUUCAAAACAACGAAAUUUUUGACGAAAAAUCCUAGAUCCGCCCCUGGGUUAUUUGUUAUGGCGCCCGUUUUUUUGUAGACUGUACUGUAGUGUGUCAGAUUUGGUUCAAAUCAAUGCCUACGUUGCGCGUUGCAUUGUUUGGGCACCUGUUUUAGAAAUCACGUUUUAAAAACUUAAAAACAAGAACUUUGAAAUUUCUAAUUAACAGCAAAUAUAAUGUGUUUGCGGCCAUGCGUGGUAAGUAAAGCUCGGAUCAAACGAAGAUGAGAGUGCAUGCAUGAAUGUUGGCAGUCACGCGAUCUUGGUUAGCUGUUCUUAAUGCUUAACAGCAUAAUGAUGUAUUUAAUUUAAGUUAAAAACAUAGUUGGCGCACUCAUUGAACCUUUAUUUUGUUUAUCGAUAGUAUUAGAUAUGUCCCUAGUAGCAAUUCGUGACUACUCUCUCUCAUCAGCUCUCAUUCUCGUUUGUCCGGAGCUUAAGUGUUUGACCGGGGCUUAAGUUGUAAGUUGUGUGGGGAUGUGAUAAUCAUCCUUACUUGCAGCUGAGAGCCAAGCGGAAUUGCAAAGGACGCAUCUCAACCUGAUCCAGUCGAAGGCUUUCUAAGGGAUCUUCUGGCAGCCACUUUAUGACUGAUAUCUGAUCACAGAGCAUAACUACGGCGAAAGGGCCAGUUUGGGGGUUAUUCCAACUCACCCUGUUAACAUUCCUUGUGGAUGGAAACCUGGAGAAAACCCACGACUGACUCUUUUUACAUGUCAUGGCCAUGGGUUUUACAUGUCAUGGCCAUGGGUCUGCAGCGAGAAUCGAACCCACGAUCUCAGAGGUCUUCCUCUGAUGUUUGCGCCGACAUGAUUUUAUGGGAUGUAAAUGAAGGAAAUGACAGAUUACGAGCUAGACACCAAGUGUGAGUAAGUAGUACCAAGUUGGAAUAUGAAUCGCAUCUUUUGUUUUUAUCCCGAAUAUCGUUUCCACCAGUGAUGGGAUGAAUGGUUGACGCAAAUUCGAAUUUCCGUCGAUAGACCAAUAAAAUUCCUGAUAACAGGUCUGUUGCAAAUCUGUUACCUAAACGCCUUCCAAUUUCUGCGAUAUAAGGCAUACAAUAUUUACGGCAAGAAAUCCAAUAAGUGAGUUUGGAGAAAAGCAUGUGAAACUAUGCGUAAUGAGGAACCUGUUUUUUGGAUCCGCAAUGGAGGUAGUGGGGUCUGAAUGUUUACAAAUGUUGCACACAUCACGACUACACUUGGAGGUGCCAAAGAGUGACACCAAAUCUUAUCGAAGUGAGUUGUGCGCAAGGGUUUCUCGAAUGUCGAAAGGAAUUAUGGUCGCGUUUAAAUUAAUGGUACUUUUCUGUUAAAAAUGUUGGCUAAAAGUUCUCUUAAGGUGUCGCCUUGUUUGAUGACAAGGGGUAGAGCACAGAUUGUCUGGAGGCCAGGCACAGCAAGCAAACUCUUUGUCGAAAACAUCAGCCCCGUUCUCCUAUGCGUAUUGAUGGAUUUCGAAGCCUCGCACGACGUAGAAAAAGUAAUUCAUUAAUAUAGAAUAAAGAUUUGUAUGUUCUAAGGCUCUAAAAAGGUUUAAAUGUAGUAUAUUGCUCACAGGCUGUCAGAGAGUUUUUGUAGUACAUGAAAGUGCAUGUUUGCCAUGUUGUUUAUACGCCUGUAGUCUAUGUGUUUUGCAUAUUAUUUAAUACGUCAAUUGUACACCUGUUGAUUAGUUUUCAACAGGGAAAUAUAAAAUGCUUAGGGUUCAUUAUUUAUCGGUUGGGAGGAGGGGGGCUGGUAAAAUAAUGGGGGGAUAUAUUUUAUGGGUGUAAAAGAGUGGUUUAAAUCUUUUGAAGAAGUGUUUUGGGGAGACAAUAAAAUUUUAUAGCAUUGAUAUAAAGAAGAUGGUAUAGAGAUAGUGGCGUAGCCAGCGUAAAAGGCGUUAGCCAUUUUUGGGGAGGUCUGGGGGCAUGCUCCCCCAGAAUAUUUUGAAAUCUAGCGUCCCUGAAAUGCGAUUUCCUGCAUUUUCGGGGUGCGAGUUUGCAUAAGUCCGAAGACUGUAUAAUGCAUAAAAGACAUGAUUUUUCGCGAUGGAAAAUGAUGGUUUAAAAUAAUGCGAAUUACUUUUAAAACCGAAUGAUGAUUGAAAGUAAAUAUAUUUUACAUUUAAAAACCUAAAUUAAACCCUUUCUUCUUGGGGCCAUAUCUACUUACUUAGGGACGGACCAUUAGAAAAGUGAUGGGGGGGGGGGGCAAAACCAAAAAAAAAAUUUAUUCCCAGAAAAAAAUGAAAAAAAAAAAUCUUUCAAGGCAUAGUGCAAAAAAAAAAAAAUUCCUUGCCUAGAAGAUAGGCCAAGUGGUGUACUGGAGGGAGGGCUCAGGGGAGCUGAGCCCCCUUGUUGAAAUUUCAUGUUGACUUGGGGGGCUGCACGUUGGUCAAAUUUAGCAAAAUUUCUCCCACUCGUGCGGGUUCGUAUUGACAGCGGACAUCUUACAGAAAGUGGCCAGUUCUUUGAAAAAUGCAAAAUUUCAAUUUUACACCGCAGGUCCACUGACAAUAUGAGCCUGCGAUCCUGGGAGAAAAUUUGCUGAAUGUGACCAGCGUGCUGAGCCCCCCUAUAUUUUGGCAAGUUGCAUAAUUGAUAAUCUUAACAACGUGCGAAAACACACACAAAAAAAUACCAGUAAACGAGAAUGUUCUUUAGAAUUGCAUCUCAUUUUCACUCAUCAUUUAACACAAUGAUUUUUGUAAUCUUUAUAUCGCCAUUUUUGUAAUCUUUAUAUCAUUUAGUACCACUAAAUUGUAAAUUUCGACAUACUAAAACGCUGUUUUCUGACCAUCAGAAUUCUGUCAAAUCUUCCCCAAAGUCCAGGAAAUGGCAUUUCAGAGACUCUAAAUUUAAAAAUUUCCUCGGGCCUUUGGCCCUCGCUUCGGCUUGUUUUUAAUAAGAAUAAUGUCAAAUGUUUGUCCCAGAAUUACUAGAAUAAACCCCAACAAAAUUUAGAAUUUCUAAAAUAUCUUAUUGUACCUCCCCUCCCGCCAAUUCAGGGCACUUUGGAGAGCCCCCCUUGUUAACAUUCCAGGACUACACCACUAAUAGGCCUAUAAAUUUCACUUAAAGGGCCCUACAGUCAUUUUUUAGUCGAAAGCCACCUUAAGUAGGGGACUCCACGGAGAUUCGUUUGGCUGUAUCUUACAUGCAAUAUCCAUGAGUAUGAGUACUUUCGCACACAAGAAAACGCAUGCAUACUGUGGUGCGCAUGUUAAGUAGCGACAAUAACAAAAAAUGUAAACAAUACUUACUUGACUAAAAAAUUACUGUAGGGCCCUUUAAAAAAAAAAUAUUUUCAACCAUCAAGUGAGAAAAAAAAAAUAUUUCUUCUAUAGGUGUACAAAAAAAAAAUAUAUUGCCUCUUAGAAAAUCCCCACCCCCCCCCCAUCACUUUUCUAAUGGUCCGUCCCUUAGAUAAGGUUAUACACAAUUAUAUUGUGGAUUUUUAUUUUUAUUUCACCCCCCCCCUGUUGGCUAAAUCCUUUCCAGCAUCCCCAAGUUGAAGGUCCUUUCUAAGCCCCUGGUUGUAAAGAGCACACAAAAGAAUAAGAUGGGAAGAACUGCCAUACGGCCAUACUAUGUUCUUCUUAACUUUAAUCAGUGGAGGGGGUGAAAAUUUUCCAGACUGUUCUAAAGGGGUGGUCGGGUGGACUACAUUUUUAAACACAUUAAAAGGGAGGGUCAUUUUUAUUACGCUGUUUGAAUUUUAGAAUCCACCAGCUCCCCCCCCCCCAACCGAUAAAUAAAGAACCCUAAGUAUUUUAUAUUUCCUGGUGUACAAUUGACGUAUUAAAUUUGCAAAACACAUAAUAGACUACAGACGUAUAAACAACAUGGCAAACAUGCACUUUCAUGUACUACAAAAACUCUCUGACAGCCUGUGAGCAAUAUACUACAUUUAAACCUUUUUAGAGUCUUAGAACAUACAAAUCUUUAUUCUAUAUUAAUGAAUUACUUUUUCUACAUCGUGCGAGGCUUCGAAAUCCAUCAAUACGCAUAGGAGAACGGGGCUGAUGUUUUCUGGGGCAGUUGAAGGGUUUUAUGGGAGAAUGUAAAGAAAUAACCUGAUUUUUAACAUAUUUUCUCAUAAAUCUGUCCGAAUUUCCAUGAUUUUCCAAAAUUUUGGGGCGGCCCCCCCCGCCCCCUGUCUCGUACGCCUAUGUCAAUAAAGCAUUUACAACAUCAACAUAAUACGAAGCCAAAGUGAAAGUGUGAAAGAAACUUUAAAGAAAGCAUGCUAAUUCUCGUGUUUUACUCGUAUGUACUCGUAUGUUACUAGUAUGUUACUCGUGUGUACUCGUAUGUUACUCGUGUGUACUUGUAUGUUACUCGUGUGUUACUCGUGUGUUACUCGUAUGUACUCGUAUGUUACUCGUAUGUGCUCGUAUGUGCUCGUAUGUUACUCGCAUGUACUCGUAUGUUACUCGUGUGUACUCGUAUGUACUUGUGUGUUACUCGUAUGUACUCGUGUGGUGUUUUAGUCACGAUCAAGCAAGAGCACAGUUUACAAUUUUAUGUAAACAUUGAUCAUAUUUCACUGGGGAAUCAAUCGAUUGCAAAUAAAUACGCUCCUAGAAAUACCCAAAAUAUAGAAUUUAUUUGAGAGAAUAUCGAGUUAAAUACUCUGUAUAUUAAUGCACUUAUUUACUCUUCAUUGAACAUGUUCAGUUCAACAAAAUUGGAAAAUCGACCACACAGUAUACUUUACGCGAACAGCGGUUAUUUUAUAAUCGCUGACAAAUAUCAAUUAUUAUCCUAUCAUGAUUCUGGUUAAACAAAUGUUCCGCCGAAUACAACACUCAACAGCAUUUUCUGAAGAUUCUGCCUUUUCUUGUUGAUAUAUAGAACUAAACCCGCCGACUGUUCAUGUCGUUGAGUGAGAAUCUAUCGUCUAUUAUUUUAUUAACGUCCAACCAAGCCUUAACUAACAACUUCGUCCCUUACAAUAACCGUUAUGACAUAUUUUAUGAAAAAUACAUGCCAAUAAAAACUUCGUUUCAUGGUAUAGUUCUUUGUGUUGCUUUAUUCACACUCCUUGUAUUGUUUUGAACUCGAACGCCAGAUUUCCUUCCCUACCCCCAUAAGUCCCAAUUGUUAUCUCCCAAAAUCUGGGAGACACGUGACCAGGCUGGACCAGGGUCUUUCCUCCAGCGAGGCGCGUAGUGGAAAGACCCUGGGUACGAGGUUGAUAAAUGAAUCGAAGAAGCUGAGGUGGUCUAAAUGCUGACCUUAAUAAUGUCAGAGAAUUGCCUUUAUCAAACAGGCUUUGUCAACACGGAAUAUUUUUUGCUUGGUUCACAGUACAAUAUUAACAAGUUAGAAGAACAACCACGUGUUUUCAAUGAGGAUGAACCAAUUAAAGGGUUCAGGUUACUAAAGCUCUUUGUGUCAAAACUGAUCAUGCAAUUUUUAAGUUGGGAUUGUUAUAUUGAUAAUAUUUCAAAAAAAUAUCUUCAGGAGUAAGUGCUCUGCACUAUUUAAAGCACGCGUACUAUUUAAUUAAAGGAAGAGUGUUUUAUAUGUGAUAAAGGGCGACUACAAGUGCUUUAAAUGACUUUCAAACACUCAUUAAUAAUUCAUAAGCUUAUUGGCAAAUCAUGUCAACCAUAAUAUGUCACGUGCAGUGGCUUUAAACCUGAUAAAACACUCCUCAUUAGUAUUCUUUAUAUAAAGAAUACUAAUAAGGCAGUAUCUAUUGUUGUCGUGUCCUCAUUAGUAUUUUUUAUAUAAAGAAUACUAAUAAGGCGGUAUGUCUAUUGAAUUUGUAGUCGUGUUUGAAGCCGUUUAAUAAACUCGCAGGUCGUGUUUUAUUAGGUCUAAAGCCACUUGCGCUGCACGCUCCUGGCUUUAAACCUAAUAAAACACUGCUGCUCGUUUAUUAAACAGUACUAAAAAAACGACUCGUCUUAUGAGUUCAUUUGCGAAGUAAUUUUAAAAAUAAACAUCGUCUAAACCGAAGAACCAAGGCUAAAGUUUAUGUAAAUUAGCAUUAUUUUUUUAUCACAUAUAAAACCACCGACACCGCAGUGAUUUCCUUAAGCAAAAGAUAAAUGAUUUCACUGAUUCUGAUACUUUGACGUCAGUCUAUUAUGGUCUUGUCCAUUCCCAUUUCGACUACUGUUAUGAAGUUUGGAAUUCCAUUGAUAAAGGCCAGUCUAAACGUCUAUAAAAACUUCACAACAGAUGUGCUACAAUGAUAAUGAACUUUAAAGAUGUGCCUGGUCAAUCUCAACUGGCCCUUGAUCAACAAGAGCGGAAGAGCCUGGAAGGAGGGGAAAACAUAGUAUGGCCCGGCUGAUGUUUAAGGUUGUCAAUAAUAUGGCAGCACCAAGGUUCUCAUCAAUGUUUCAGAAUUUUGACCAUAUCCACAGUUAUAAAUUUCGAGGUUCCAAUUUGUCUCUCUUCCUGCCGCGUCCAAAUCAGUACCGAGUAUGGCAGAAGAUGUUUCCGUUACAGUGGGGUUAAAAUCUGGAAUAGCAUUCCUGAACAAGUGAGAAUUCUUUCAAUAGGAGUACUUCCUCAGUUAGUCUGACGAAUUAGCUAUUGGACUAUUGUACCAUUUGUUUUGUAAGAGUAUUUUGUAUUUUCGUAGCUAAUAUAUUGUUAGCAAUUCAAUUUUGUACUUCAUAUAUUUUGUAACUUCUUAAUUAUUUGCGGCCCACUUGGAAAGCAGUUGCGGUUGAAGUGGCCAGCGUAGUCAAAUAAAGUUUUAUCCUAUUCUAUCCUAUCCUAACCUCACUGUAUUUACGACCGAAAAUAUAUAGUAUGGUUUUUAUAUCGGGCAAGCUGAAAUACGUUUAGGUGACAGAUUUUCUUAGCAUCCUCGUGAUUUGGAAAACAAGAUGCACAGCAGUCUUGUUAUACUGGGAACUACUGUAUAACAGUUGCAAUCACUUCUUUUCUCAUAUGAAUGUUUGUGCCAUUCAUCCCAUCACUGGGGGAAAUGAUAUUCGCCAAAAACAGGAAAUCGUCUCAUAUUCAAACUUUGUACUACUCUAAAUGGUCUUAAUGAGCGAUUUGCUUUCAUCUAACCCACAUUCUGCCAUUUCUUUCAUUUACAUCCUUUAUAUAAUUAUCACCUCAUAUCAUAUUUUUUGUAUUCUAUAUUUAGGGAUCGUUCAUUAUUUAUAUCUUAUGGGCUGGGAGAUUCUUGAGACAUGUAUAUACAUGAUACAAGCCACCCGCUUGAGACAUGUAUACAUGAUACGAUUCUAAUCAUCGUUUAUGUGAAUGUCUGACUAUGAAGAAAAUACAUUUUCGAACAUACACCAUAAGAGCCAGAACGUUUGCUUGCAUUGAAUUUUACACAAUAAAAUCUUUUGUAUUUAACAAAAAUUUCCCACUCAGCAGAAAUUCUUAUUUGCAACAUUGUAUGUCUCCCUUCCCAUUUUUCCCACCCCACCACAUAGGGUAUAAAUAAUGAACGCUCCCUUAAGUGGCGGUUCUUUAUAGAACUUGUAAUUUGCUUUCCUUUUUAAUGCGAGGUGAUGCCUGGUGUGUUUACAUAUUUUUUGAUUUUGCUAUGGUUACGUUGUUUGAUUGGUUUAUUUGAUUCACGAGACUGAAUUUGUAGUUUUAUAAAAGCGGCGUGUUUUAUUCCUACAAAUAUUCCUACAAACUGUCCUGACGAAGGGCCUUUGCUCGAAACGUGUGUGUAGAUUGAGCGGCUGUUGAGAGAAAUGUUGGUUUGAAGAACCCCUCGUUUCAACAGUGCUAGACGAACAUUAGUGGCACAUGUAAAGCUAACAAAAUUCUAACGAAAUUUUUUUUUCCCGUUAUUAAUUAACAAUUAUUCGCCAAAGGUGAGGUGAUUAUAUAUCGGGGAAUAUUCACCGAGACGAAGUUGAGGUGAAUAUUUCCCGAUAAUCACCGAGCCUGAGUUUUUUGUCUUUUUUGGUGCUGAAUUUAUUUUAAUUUCUCUUAUUUCUUUAUCAGCACACUUUCACCUGUAGGUGAAUAUAACAUCUUAAUAUGUCAAAUUUGACCAAUCGGGUUGUAGGAUUUGUUAUAUUCACUUGUGCAAAAAUACUAACGUUCAUUAUUGGAUUCACAGCAGUUUUUAGAAACAUUGAUGUUGGGCUAUGAUAUACCGGUAAGCAAGGGCGAAACUAGAGGGGCGUAUGGGGGUGUGUGGAACCCCAAAUACGAAUCAUCCCGAUUGGCAGGGCAAUCAAAGAUUUUAAAUGAUAGAAUGUUGAGUCAUUAAGUAACUUAUUACACCUAGCAAACAAUAAGCAGUUCGUAUGCAAGUUCAUUGGCAUCGGCAGUUCAAUUAGACACAUAGCUUAGUGAUGUAUUGUAUUAGCGCUGGCGCUGCAGGGCAUCAUUGGUUUUGGCAGGGCAAUUCUGCCAGACACCCCCUAAGGGGCUAGUUUCGCCCCUGACUGUAAGGAGAAAAUAAUGAUAUUUUAGGAAACAAACUGGCUUUUUACCACUAUUGUACAUGAUGGCAAGCCGCGAAAUAUAUAUCUACAUGAUAGACGGCCAGCCAAGCUUGCAAAAAAUGAAGUUCGAUGGCAAUUCUUUGUUAAAAGCAAGUAACAUCGCUAAACACAUUCGAAUAUGCAUACUUAUAUUGGUUUGGGGUGUUACCAUGCUUAACACAUUCGAAUAUGCAUACUUAUAAUGGUUUGGGGUGUUACCAUGCUUAAUUCGCAGUUUAAGUGCUAAAAUUGAAGCAUAUUUUUGACCACAGGUAAACCCGCUUUGCUCUGAUGUUGAAAUAUAUUGAAAUGUACAAAGUUCUUUUUCCCUGUUGCCAUGCAACAAAUAGACCAUUCUCAUUGGCUGUGACUAAUUAGUCUCGCCCGCCCAUUGGUUAAGAACACCGGAAAUUGCAUGUGCGAUACGGCUGAAGCACAGACUGAAGUGUAAACAAAUACAUAAAUAUAAUUCUUGACAAAAUACGGAGAUUUAAAGCCAAUAAGUGUGAUUUUUUACUUAUAUUUCUGCUUUAUUAAUACACAUUUAUACAUACUCCUAGCUGUAAGGUUUCUUACAUCCUAGCUGGGCAUCACAGGAACAUCUCAGGAGUGCAACGCUGACUAGUUUUAUAGCAUUUACAAGCACCCGUAGGGCAUUUUUUAGUGCAACCACAAUUGAGAUAUCAAAUUUUACAUGAAGACGGAUUUGUUGUUCUACAUUUAUUUACUCCAGCUUCUAUAUUCGGUACCCCAUAUAACCGACAAACAAACUCUGCUGUGUCGUUUUGCGAACUGUCUCUGCCAAGAUUUUGAAUUAUAAAAUAUGGUUGCUCAAAAACUUUCCAACAUUUUUGCUUUCCGAACCACAUUACAAUUUUUUUUGCAAAAUGUUUUUACAAAAUUUUUUUACAAAUUUUUUAUAAACUUUUCGCUUUACAAUCUUUUAGUAAAAGAUGAGGUCGUAUCACACCCUGUUAAAGCGUGAAAUCCUAAAAUAUUAUCAAUAAUGAGCUGAUAGGCUUUCAGUAAUUUCAUGAACGGAAUAGCAUUUUCGUUGUUUUGCGUAUUAAAACUAAAAGCAACAAAACAUCUGUAUCCCUGCAGCGUACUAAACCCUGUUAAAGCCCUUGGAAAACGCAUCACAAGCAUGCAAAAUCAUUUCAUAUAAUCACAGAAUAGACAAAGUGUAGAAGUAUCCUGGAUGGCAUUUUGUUUUUCAUGUAGCUAUACUGGCAGCAAGUCGCCCUCUCGUUUUGACGAUGAAGGAUUCAUGUUGUCAAUGACUUGGAUUAUCAAAUAAAAUUAUACCAAACCAGUUUUAAAGCUCAAAUUAUCUAAAAAACUAACGUAAGUUUAAACAAACUUUAUAUCAUGUUGUCAAUGACUUGGAUUAUUAAAUAAAAUUAUACCAAACCAGUUUUAAAGCUUAAAUUUAUUAUUAUCUAAAAAACUAACGUAAGUGUAAACAAACUAAACUAGAAAUAACUCGUAAAAAUAAGUAAAAUACAAGUACAACAGCGCGAAUCAAUGCUCAUAAAAAUCUCAAAAAGUAAAUAAAUCUAUACCCAAACUAGUUUUAAAGCUUUAAACUAAACAACUAACGUAAGUAACGAACUAAAGUAGAAAUUACUCGUGUUAAAAACAAAAACAAAAGUGCGAAGUAAGGCUGAUAAAAUGACUUUUUUGUUUGUUUUUUUAUAUUUGUAAUAAAUAUUACACAAACUUGGUUUCCCUUGACUUUUCUUUUUUCCAAUUUAAUUUUCUUGUCCGUUUAUGCUCGAAUAACUCGGUUUACACUUGAUUAAAUCUCUUUCAACACAAUAUAUAAAGUCCUUCCUUGUUGAUUGUCAAAGAGGAUAUGAUUUGGUUGCAUUGCUCUCUGAUUGGCUCACACAUUUUCCAGCAGCUAAUCAGAGUAGCUUAUGGGGAAAAACAUGCUUCUCGCAUAUCUAAAUUAGAUGUGUGAAAAACCCGCUUCGCCGUUCGUAGAUGGGGUAGAAAAACCUCGAUUUUUCCGUUGAAACUAAAAAACAAGCUUGGUAACAAGCAGAUUCGUGUUCACUAAAGUCUAAGCUAUUCAGUCAUGCUUGUUACCAGCUUCUAACAUGAAAUUGCCAUCGGAAUUUUUUUGAAGCGUUUUUCGCAAGCUUGGCCGGCCGUCUAAUGAUAACUGUUUUGUCAUAUUUUAAUUUGUUAUUUAGAUAUAUUGACAAGCAGUUGUUGCUACACGGUGAGAUGAGUGUCCCACUGCGGCUCGCUUCCAUCAAAGCUGGUUACAAAUAUGUGUUGUUGAAUAAUAAAGCUGUCUAUGAAGAGCUAGUUGGAUACCAAUACAUGAUUGGUGGCUAUGUGAACCGAUGCCUUGUUCUUGAAGAAGAGAAUGUUACAGAAAAUAGUAAGUUAACUAAGUACUAAGGGUGCGAACUGUUACUGCAUACAUGGAAUGUCUGGACAGGUCGAAAUUGAAGUUCAAAGGCUAGAUCAACAACUGAUGCCAAUAUUUUGGCAUAUUUAACAUUGUCGGUGGUCUUGAUUCAAAAUGCGGAUCAGCCGAAAUAUGAAUUAAUUUUGGUUUUAUAUAAUAUACAGUAUACCUAUAGCAUACAUGUGAGAGUAUCCAAUAAUCAGUAGUUUUUAUUCUAAUAAAUUGUUUUCCAAAUUAUUGUUCGUCGUUUUAGAAAUUUUCCACAAGUAUGAUGGAUUUGUAUACCCCAAAAGAGGAUGGGUCAGAAAUUUUUUCUUUUAUGGAUCUGCAAUAAAUGACAGAGGAGCAUUCUUUCGAAACUUUUUCCCGAAGUGGAGCGGAUUUUAUGUAGAUUCUUUUGAUGAAAAAAUUCAACUAGAAGAAGCACUAGAAAGGCUUCAAUGCUUGGUUAACGGUACUACUUCUGUUUGGACAUCUACCUCUGGAAAUGCGGAGAAUCAUCCUAUUGAUUCUCAGAAACUAAAGCUCGAAGAGGUAGGUACUGUAUAA